UUUGCAGUGGAACACAUGCUCACUAGUUCAGUCUGUCUUCUGGGUCUCCUCUCUGGAAGCUCCUGUACCCAUCUCCUCACCCCAAAGUUCGGCCGCGGCUGACCUGCCGUGUUUGAUCGCCCACUGGAAGUUGCUGUUGCCGUUAGACUGAGAGUAGAGGCAUCUUUACUUGGCACAGAUGACUAAAAGCAACGGGGAAGACCCAAGAGCUGGGAACAGGAUGGAGCGCUUCCAGCAAGGUGUGCGCCAACGCUCUCUGAUGGCCAAGAAGAGGAUGCAAAACAUAACAAAGGAUGACGUCAAGGGCUUCCUACGACGGAAUGGCUUUGUGCUUUUUACCGUCUUUGCUGUUGUGUUUGGUAUCAUCCUUGGGUUUUCUGUCAGGUCAUAUCACAUGACCUACCGGGAGGUCAAGUAUUUCUCCUUCCCCGGGGAGUUGCUGAUGAGAAUGCUGCAGAUGCUGGUCCUGCCCCUCAUUGUGUCCAGUCUGGUUACAGGUAUGGCGGCGCUGGACGGUAAAGCUUCAGGGAAGAUGGGACUAAGAGCCGUAGUCUAUUAUACGACAACCACAGUGAUUGCUGUGUUCAUCGGAAUCAUCAUUGUCAUCAUUGUCCACCCUGGUAAGGGCAGCAAGGAGAAGAUGCACCGAGAGGGGAAGAUUGAGCCAGUCACAGCCGCUGAUGCCUUUUUAGAUUUAAUAAGAAAUAUGUUCCCUCCAAACAUGGUGGAAGCCUGCUUCAAACAGUUCAAGACAAACUAUGAAAAGAAGCUCUUUAAGAUUCCCCUUACAGAGAAUGAAACAUUACUGUCUGCAGUUUUUAACAAUGUGUCAGAUGCCAUGGAGUCUCUGGCCAAAUUCCGGGAGGAGAUGGUCCCUGUGCCUGGGGCAGUGAAUGGGGUGAAUGCGCUGGGACUUGUGGUCUUCUCCAUGUGUUUCGGACUGGUGAUUGGAAGUAUGAAAGAACAAGGAAAGCCCCUGAAAGAUUUCUUUGACUGCCUCAAUGAGGCUAUUAUGAGAUUAGUGGCUGUAAUAAUGUGGUAUGCUCCUAUUGGUAUUCUUUUCCUAAUUGCUGGGAAGAUUGCAGAGAUGGAAGAUAUGGGGGUGGUUGGAGGACAGCUUGGCAUGUAUACAAUCACGGUCAUCAUAGGUCUGCUUAUUCAUGCUAUUAUUGUUCUGCCAUUGCUAUACUUCUUGGUGACUCGCAAAAACCCCUGGGUGUUCAUUGGAGGACUGAUACAAGCCCUAAUUACAGCUCUGGGCACUUCAUCAAGCUCUGCCACGUUACCAGUCACAUUCAGGUGUCUGGAGGAGAACAACAAGGUAGACAAGAGGGUGACACGUUUUGUACUGCCAGUGGGAGCAACAAUCAAUAUGGAUGGCACAGCACUCUAUGAAGCCCUGGCAGCAAUUUUCAUUGCUCAGGUGAACAAUUAUGACCUUAACUUUGGACAGAUUAUCACAAUCAGCAUCACUGCUACAGCAGCCAGUAUUGGAGCUGCAGGAAUCCCACAAGCUGGCCUGGUGACCAUGGUCAUUGUACUGACAUCAGUAGGACUGCCCACAGAGGACAUCACACUGAUCAUUGCCGUUGACUGGUUCUUGGACCGUCUCAGAACCACCACAAACGUUCUUGGGGACUCGCUUGGUGCCGGCAUAGUGGAACAUCUGUCCAGACACGAGCUAAAGAACAAAGAUACUGAGAUGGGCAACUCAGUGAUUGAAGAAAACGAGAUGAAGAAACCUUACCAGCUCAUCUCCCAGGAGAACGAAACAGAGAAACCUAUAGACAGUGAGACCAAGAUGUAGACAGCAUGUGUCCUGAUUAACUGGCCAGAAUCACAUUCCUCCCAUUCUUUCCUAUGCCUUCAAAAUUCUGGUCUCGUGAUGGUGGCAACACCGGGGAGCAAUCAGAGAUUCAACAUCAGCAGGUGUCACGGUACCUGUGUCUGUACAAUGUGAAACAAUGUAACAUUUUGCCAUUGUGGCCCCGCCAUCUCUGUGCUAAGAAAACAAACCUUGCAUUGUUUGUACAUCCCUUUUUUUUAUUUUGUUUUUCUUGUUUUUAUGAAUUGGGAACCCAAGUAGCUGAGAGUCUUUUUGAAUAUUGGAAAUUAUGUUUUCCUUUAUUAUUCA